GGCGAUUGGCCAAUGAGAGCGCGCGGCUGCAGGCUGCCGGGUAGCCAUGGCGACGGCGCGGUGCUGGGCCGCGCUGCUGCUCGCGCUGGCCGCGCGGCUCCCGCCGGGCCGCGGCUUCUCCUUCCCCCUGCAGCGGCCCGGCGGUUGCGGCGACGCCCGUUACUUCGACAUCUCCCGCCUGGCCUGCGGGCCGUGCGGGCCCCACCAGAGGCCGAGCGCCGGGGGUCAUUCAUGUGUAUGUCAGCCAGGUUUCAGGAUGGCUUCUAAUAAUGGUGGGCCAUCUGUUACUUGUGAAAAAUGCCCAGAAAACAUGAGUGGAGUUACUAAAGAUGGGUGGAAUUGUAUUACUUGUCCUAAAGGCCUAACUUCAGAAGGAAAAUGUGAAUGCCUCAGUAAUGAAAUAUUAGUGGAAAGAAGUAUAGAUGGCAUUUUGCUAAAUGAAGCAUUAUGUAUACAGUGUAAUGGAAGCGAGCAGUCAUUCUCUGCUUCAGAUGCCUUAGGAAAUAGGUGUAUAAGAUGUGAACAAACAUUCAUCAAUGCAAGCAAGUCUUGUGACUGUAGCAGCCCGAAUAUUUUAAUAUUUUUAUUUUUGCUUUUUCAGACUGGGGGAUUAUGUUUCAGUGCUAGUGAAAACUUGCCCCCAAAGGGAAUUGCAACUGUUCGUUUUGGACAGCUAGGUAUAACACUAAUAUCAGCAUGGUUUCUGAAAAGCCUACAAGCCUCAGCCUCUGCCUGUUGGUUGUACUCCAAUCUAACAGCGUGCCAAGCUCUUGGAAAUAUGUGUGUGAUGAAUAUGAAUUCAUUAAGUUCUUCAAAUACUGAUGCCUGUGGUUUGUUUCAGUAUAUUUAUGCCAACACAGCGAGGCUAGGCAUUGUUCAUUCAAUAUCCUUCUGGAGACAUAAUCUGCCAUGGCUAUAUUAUGGUGAUCAGCCAGGAUUAGCAUCCCAAGUGCUCGAGACAACACAUUUUCCUACAAGCUUCAGUUUUAAAGGAACAAAUAAGGAUAUAAAACUGCAAUUUAUUGCAGCCUCAUUUGAUGCAGCAGGAAACUUUCUAAAGUGGCAGAGUUUGGAAGGAGGAGUCUUACAGCUUUGUCCUGAUACCCAAACUAAACUGAAUGCAGCUUUUGUGUUUGGAACAACUUAUGAACAAAAUUGCAAAAUUUCAGUUUCAAAGAUUUUACUGGAUUUUGCUAAUCCAAUUUUUUAUGAUGUAUUCCUUGAAUAUAAUGAUGAUGAGGGACAGCAAUAUCUUUGGGCUGUGCCAGUUUUAAACUUGAAUCUUCAAUACAAUGAAAUGUUUGUGAAUCAAGGCAGCAAUAUGAACAACUGGCUUUUGACCCGUCGAUUUUUUUUGGUGGAUGCACUAAGUGGAAAAGAGAAUGACUUGGGAAAACUACCAAGAAUAAUUCGAAUUGCUAGCAAAAUAAUAAUAAGUAUUCGUCUGGCAUCCCCUACUCAGAGAGGAACUAUCUACCCACCUCUAAUUACUAUUGCUUACACGGAUGUGCUUAUCCAAAACCCUGACACCCAGAGUGUGAUGGUUUCCUUCUCAGUCAGUUAUGAGAUGAAUCAGUCAGAGGCUCAGAUUCAGACUGAUAUCGCAUUGGGUGUGUUGGGUGGACUUGCAGUUUUAUGGUCCCUUCUCAAGACUGCAGGCUGGAAGAGGCGUACAGGAAGCUCUGUAAUUGACUUGCAGACAGUCUUGAAGUUCUUACUAUUUUAUGCUGGAGACCUCGCCAAUGUGUUCUUUAUCAUCACAGUGGGCACAGGGAUUUAUUGGCUUGUAUUCUUCAAAGCUCAGCAGUUUGUCUCUGUCUUUUUACCACUUCCAUCUCAAGAAGAAGAUUUUGUUACGUACGUAGGAUGUGCUUUUAGUCUAAAGGCUCUGCAAUUAUUACAUAAAUUGGUUUCACAACUUACUGUAGAUAUUUUCUUUAUUGACUGGGAAAGACCUAAGGGGAAAGUUCUUAAAGCAGUUGAAGGUGAAGGUGUUAUAAAAAGUGCUGCUGCACCUGUGAGCAUAUGGAGGACAUAUUUUAUAGCCAAUGAAUGGAAUGAAAUUCAGACAGUGAGGAAGAUAAAUCCCCUCCUUCAAGUGCUUGCAGUUCUUUUUUUUUUGGAGGUGGUGGGAUUUUCAAACCUGGCUUUAAUGGAUUCUUCUUCCAGUCUUACAAGAAGCGAUGAGAGUUAUGUAGCUCCUUGGAGCCGUAUUUUGAGAUUUGGUGUGUCUGCUGCACUCUGGCUAGCCAUUGCAUUCUUACAGAUUAUAUUUUUUGCCGUGUUUUAUGAAAGAUUUGUUGAAGAUAAGAUAACACAAUUUAUUGAUUUGUGUUGCAUGAGCAAUAUUUCAGUGUUUCUCUUGUCACACAGCUGCUUUGGUUAUUAUAUCCAUGGUCGCUCUGUGCAUGGACAUGCAGAUACCAAUAUGGAAGAAAUGAGUAUGAACCUAAAGAGAGAAGCAGAGAAUCUGUGUAGUCAGAGAGGUUUAUUACCAAACACAGAUGUCCAGACAUUUCAGAUUUCCAUUUCAAGAAAAAUGAGACUGCAGUAUGACAGGAUUCAUGAAACCCUAACAAGGAAACGUGGUCCUGCUAGACUUUUGGACUCAUCUGCAAAUACUUUUGAACAAAACACAAAGGCAUACAACACCAUGAAUAAAUUUCUUGGUUCAUUUAUUGAUCACGUUCAUAAAGAAAUGGAUUAUAUUGUAAAAGAUAAGUUGCUGCUUGAACGAAUUCUUGGCAUGGAGUUCAUGGAACCAAUAGAGAAAAGUAUUUUCUACAAUGAUGAGAGACACUCUUUCAGUGAUGUUCUCUAUUAUGGCAACGAGACAACACUGCUCAUCUUUGAUAUCCUGUUUUUCUCUGUUGUGGAUCUGGCUUCCCAAAGUUUUGUUUUAGCAGCUAUUCUCACAUAUUUGCAACAGGAGAUAUUUAGGUUUAUUCGUAAUACAGUUGGACAGAAGAAUUUGGCAUCCAAAACGUUGGUGGAUGAAAGAUUUCUCAUUUAAUUGAUUAAGAAGAUGAAAUACUUUGUUCAGGAGUUAAUCAUGGAAAUCGUAUCCAGGAGCAAAGCAUCUCUGAACUACAGGUUAAUUGUAGUACACUGUUCGAUAAUAGUGUAAAGAUUUUGACAUUUGUCAUCUUUUUAUAUUUUGUACUAUUAAGCUCUAUUUUGUGUAACUUCAAAUAUUUUUAAAUUUGUGUACACUAAGCCAUAGGCCUUUGAAAGGAAAAGUACACGAAAAUAAGCAGUCAGAAGCAGAGCUAAUGUUAUAAUUAGAAUAAGACAAAAUUUAUUUAGUGGCUUCUGCUAAGAUACGGACCGUUCACAUUGAGGUCAUAAUUUGAAUAUACUUGUUGUCAGGAGAGGUUGUCAUCUCCUAAGAUUUCUGAAAAACACUGAAAUCUUCUUUUUCUCCUUUUUUUGAGGUAAAAUGUUUAGCAAAUGUAUUUCAAAUUUCAUGCCAUACAGGAUUUGUUAAGAAUUAAACUAGCAAGUAUUUCAAGAGGACCAUUUAAAUGUCACUUAUUUUCAGUGACUUCAACUUGAAAUUUUUACUUUUAUUUAUUGGCAUAGUAUUACCUGCUUUUAUCUCUUCCCUUUGCAUUUACCUUACUGUUUUUCUUGGGCAUGGAUUGUAUGUGACAAAGUUCCAUACGUUUGAGAUACAGUAGUGUUACAGCAACACAGAAGAGUAGCAUACUGAUAGAGAAGAAGAGAAGAUGGUGGAUAUUUUUGAUCUGUUACUGAUCUUCUGUAAUCUAAUGUGACAUGCCCAGGAAAAUACAGUAAUUCCUCUGUGCUGCUUCAGACAGUGAAAUAGAAGUAAUGGUUCUCAUCUUUUUUGAGUGUUUUCACAGGUGCCUGGGUAUUUAUAUGCCUAUAUCCUCUGGCUCUCUAAUUUUCUGGCUUUGUUAUCUUUAGAUUUAACACAGUGAACAUAAUCAUUUUACCUUCAUUAUCUGUUUGGAAUUUAGCCGAUUUAAUAAAUGCAAGUGCCACUUAUUAAGUGUUACGAGAGAUUAUGAAUGGCCUUCAAAACAUCUUAGAGUAAGGUGUGUACCUCCCAUUUGUGUCUCUGAAAAAUCCUCUUACUAACGCUUUUUAAAAGUAUAUGUUUUUCAGUAAAUGAUCACCCCAGAACAGUUUUCUGUUUUUACAACUGUUACUUAUCUUUAGAUGAUUCAGCAAGGGACUUUCACCAGCAAAAACACCAUAAAAGUAUAAGUCCAGGCUAGCAUCCUUAUUCAAAGUGAUUCAGCCCCUUUAGUUGGACUUAGCAGAUUUUAAAUGUAGGUGUGCUUAUCUGAGUUAAAGCAGCAUUGUUUUUCAGGUGUCUCUUGGCUUCAUAAAGAGGAAGGGGUUCUCAUGUUGAUACCAUAUCAUGAUUUUAAGCUGUCGGUAAUGUAGACCUAAAGCUCAGGGUUGCUGUAGCUCUAAUGUAAUUGCUUUUGGAGUUGCAAAAGCAAUGUGACUUGCUAGACCAGUAUAGUUACUAUAAACCAAUAGAAUUUGAAUCUGCCAGUUAGCUUACAACAAAGUAGACAACUGAAGAGCUGAUUUUCAGCAGGACAUCCAUUUAUUAAUACACAGUUUAGUAUGGGCAUGUCUGUGCAUAUCUUACUUUAUUUACUUUUGUGCACAAUUCUUAGUUUGUUGGUGCAACCUAUUCCUCAAAAAAGGUGUGAAUACAAAACUUCCAAGGCAGUGUAAAUGUCCACUAUGAAUAAAAUGAAGGUUAUUGUCUUCAUACAAUUAAGUCGUCCAUUAGGUUCUGGAUCUGCUAAAACAGCCAUACAUUGAACUUCUGUUUAGUACUGUGACUGUAUAACUUCAGUAGUUGUGAGGUGUUCUGUCAUAUUGCCUGUCAGUGAUGUAUCCAAAUUGACGAAUGCCAAACUUUAAACUAAGCUAAUCUGAAUAACUGAGCCAUCUGAAUCAUAGUCUGCAGGAGGACAUCUGCAAGGCAAAGUUAUACUUGUGUAAUGUCCAUAUAUUUCUCUGGUCAAUAUCUUUGCAUCACUUAACUAAACUAAACUUUCCAGAUACUGUAAAUCAUACUGAAGUGUUGGUGUACAAGAGGAAAUAUAAUCUUUUAUGUCACCAUAUUUAUUCAAGAGGACUGGUGUGACUAAAAAGGUGUAGAAAGUUACUGGGGUAAUAAAUGAGCAAGUAGACCAUGAAUGAAUCUGGUACAGUUCUUUUCAUAUUAUUGCCUUCCAGCAAUAAUGACUGUCCAUCAUUCUGAAUGGUAACAGGCACAAGUUUUUUCUGUGUUGAUUCUGAUGAUUUCCUAGUCAUAAAUUAUUUCAGAGAAUAGACCCACACUUCAAACAUACCUCUUCCAGAGUGUUCUGAUUUAUGACUUACUUCAGUCAGAAUAGGUAAAACAGGGAAUGUCUGCAGGCAAAAUGAAGAUAUGAUUGUGCCAUAGAUAAACACGGCCAUGCAGUUUUAAUUUAGCCUGUCUGCUAACAGUAGCAAUGGAGACACAACAGCAUGCCUGCCCUCAGUCUGUGCUCUAUUCCCAGUGCUUUUGCUAACCAGGUACACCUUUCCAUGUUAAAAUCAUGCUCUGAGUUGGCUUUAAAUAUGCCUUUACUUACAUGCUGCCCAGAAGGGCAUGGGGAAGCUUUAAUGGCCUUUCAGUUUGAAAGGACUUCUGCAAAAGGCAAAUUUUGUUACAGGUGAAUGAUUAAUUAAUCUAAACAUGUCCUGUCAAAACAGUUCCAUUCCUCGGACCCCCUCUUUCUCUGCACUACACACACAUCUCUGUUACGUUUUAUUUUUCCAGAUCAUUUAUCUAAAAUGUUAGGGUAGCUAACAUGUUCACACUGUGUGGUUUAGGAAAUAAUUACAGGAAUCAGAAACUCCAGAAAUUCAUAGAAAUGUUUCUUCAUUUUUGCUUUCUAGUGAACACUUGAAAUUGGUUGACUACGCUUUGUUCUCAUAUUGAUUGGUUUGUUCAACAAGUAGCUCUUGUGAUUGUAAUUCAAACUAAAUGGCUUUACUUUUUUAAUUAAUAUGCAGUUACAAUGUGUCAUUCAUGUGGCCUGUCUUCAAAUUUCUAAAUUUAAUAAAUCACAUGACAUUUCAAACUCUUC